GUGAGUCACUUCUUAGGAGGACGAGGCCUGCAUCUCUGUCCAGACGUCUCCGACUCAUCCUGAAAGGAGUUCUUCAUAAGUGCACACUAUGUGGCCACUAGCAUGGAUUGGUGUGGUCGCUUGCUGUCUGUUGUCUAAUGGCGUUUCCUCCCAAACAGUUUGCGAAAGCCUGACGACUGAUACCGGGUCGUUCACCAGUCCCAACUACCCAGACAACUACCCUGACGAACAUGAUUGUCGGUAUGAGAUCUCUGUCACUCCAUCCAAGGUCAUCAGGCUCACCUUCACGGAAUUUGACGUUGAGAAUAAAUAUGACUACGUCUACGUGUAUGACGGAAAGACGACUGAUUCUAUAUUGAAGAUGGCCACGCUGACAGGGAAAAGUACCCCUAAACCCGUGACUUCAACUGGGAGCUUCAUGACUGUUCAACUAGUCUCCGAUGGUUCACAAAACCGAAAGGGAUUUCAGGCCAGAUAUGCAGCUGAAGACAAAGUGUUUUCUGAGUGUGAAGUCGGCCAGUACCGGUGUGCUAACGGUGUAACCUGUAUAGACGCCUGGAGAAGGUGCGACGGAAAAUAUGACUGCAGGGACCGUAGUGACGAGGAUGCGAGCAGUUGUGAGUGUAAGGACAUCCCAUCGUCGUUGUCGAUGUGUAGGGGCCUAGAUUACCGGCAGAUGACACUACCCAACCCCUUAAACUACAACCUCAUCACCUUAGACGAGGUCAAAGACUCUGAAGUGUUUGGUGCCCUCAACGAACUCGCAAAUUCUGAGUGCCAUCCCCGUGUUAAAGACUUCGUCUGCGCUACCAUGGUACCGCGCUGUGAGUCAAGUCCGAAUCUCAGGCAACUGCUGCCCUGUCAGUCUUGGUGUGCAGAAGUGAAAUUUUCGUGUUUUGACGAGUGGUCGUGGUUAAGUAUUCCUGGCUGUGAGUUUUUCCCCGACACCAACUGCAACAACGUUAAUACCUCAACAACUCCAUUGGAUGGUAAAAUGUGCUUCGACGGAAAUGGUGCAAAUUACAGAGGAGACGAAUCAAGGGGAUCCGUAACUCGGGUAGACUGUGAACCAUGGGAUAGUGACCCAAACUUCCAAGAAUCGUAUCCCUGGGCAAACCUGGUGGACAACAAAUGCCGUAAUCCUACCGGUGAUGAGCGUCCAUGGUGCUUUACUCGAAAUGGAUUCGAGUACUGUGACGUCAUUCCUUGCGGCGUUUUAGGUUGCAAGGAUCCAGGAAAACCCCGGUUCGGAAAGAGAAGACCCAUUCUGAAAUUCUACUGGCCCGGAGAGAGAAUUAAGUACACGUGUGAUACUGGGUUUAAGUUCAAAGAUGGCUCCCCGCCCAACGAGGCUCUGUGUCUUAUUAAGGACAACACAACAGGAGAAGCCGACUGGAAUACUCAGAAGCCAAACUGUGAAGUUGACCAAAAAUUCAAGCUUCAAAAUGACCUCCGAGAUAGCUACGACAAUCUUGUAUCCCCCUUAACAAAUAAGAUGACAUUUAAGGCAUACGUUGUCAACAUCAUCAACUUGGAUGAAAAAGCGGAACAGAUAGUAACAUCCUUUAAAGCAGAAUUCACAUGGACAGACGAGCGGCUGGAAUGGGAACGCAUGGAAUAUGGAAACUUGGAUCGUAUCUUCGUUGGUGAUGAUCAAGUCUGGAAACCGACACUGACAUUGGAAAGAAACGCUGAUCCGCUUUAUAACGGAGGGUUCCCAGAAACGGAGGUAAAACUGGAGGAAACCGGUGAAGUCACGUGGCCUAUAGAAUUACUGACUACCACAACCUGCACCCUGGACCCCUUCCUCUUCCCACAGGACAACAUGACGUGUGCGGUGUGCUGGAGAGCUGGGGAAAAGUACACAAUAGACUGUUCCAAUUCAACAUCACACAAAGACGAAAACUUCCUGACCUGCUACGAUUUGGAGGCCGACAUCGUCACGGGAGAGUGGAGUGGAAAAACUACCCUUUCAGCCAUAAACAACACGGCCUGUCUGACUAUGACUCUCCAACGAGACCCCACUUAUCAUUACGCCACAACCAUCUCUCCCUGCCUCAUCCUCAUCAUCCUCAUGAUCAUCACCUUCAUCAUGCCCAUCGACAAAGGUGACAGGAUCGGGUUCGGCGUCACCGUGCUGCUGUCCAUGGUGGUGUCGCUAGUCGUCGUUACAGGCUUCCUGCCUGUGUCUAGUACCCUGCCUUUUAUUGCCAUGCUGAUCAUUGUGUGCAUGGCUCUGAUGGCGCUCUUCAUGCUGACGACACUUUUCAUCAUCAUCAUACACGACAAGAAGGGACCCGUCCCCAAAUGGGUGCGGACGCUCUUCUUAAAACACCUCGCAAGGGCUCUAUUGAUGGGAGACUUGACCAAAAAAGCGAAAUCUGAAGAGCCAACAACAAAAAGCUUCAGCAACAAAGAAAAAGACAUCGAGGGAAACAUCAAACCCUCCUUCAUGAUGAACGGCGAUGGCCAAUCUUCUGGAGGCCACAACCCGCCUCUUAUCGUGAAGAAUGAGUGUGUAGAUACCGAUAUCGGGUUAAAGGCAAGCGUAGAUGAAUUGAAGGUUAGUGUUAAGCACCUUUCUGGCAGCAUCGAUGCUUUGGCACGUGGAAGCGAUGGUGAUGGCGAUGAGGAAGUUGGGGAGUACGCUUUGUUGGCCGAUGUUCUGGAUCGGCUGAGUCUGGUUCUUUACCUCAUCGCCAUCGCUGCAACCGUUCCCUGCACCUUGCUUUUUGGCCGCCCACGGUUCAACUGAAAAUACCGUUGGUAACGUGGAUUCUAAUGACAAAUGAGUUGUUUUAAAUGUGAGAUGAGGAAAUCUCUGUUUCAUUACAUUUCAUUCAUUCUGGCUUAAACGUUGAGCAACUGAAUUGCAAAUUGAACCUCAAAUUCAUUCUGUAAUUAUAUUGACAGCAGAGGCGCCAAUUAGGUUUAAAUACAAUAUAUCCCACCACCACCCCUCUUUUUCUGUUCGUGUGUUUUGUUUUGUCCUACCUUACUUCGAAAUCUUAUUAGCAGAACAUCAAGGGGGUACAAGUUGGCUUCUUCUACUAUCCCCAAGAAUAAACAGUUCAUGUAAAGGAAAGAGUAGCUCAACAGGACUGUCUUCGUAGCGAGCCGUAGUAGGAACUUCAAAGUCGCUGCAUUAAAAUUAGAAGAAAAGAAAAUGAACGCUGAGGAUGAUCUUCUGCUGCGGAAGUGGCCAUUGGCAGCAGCGGUGGAUUAGUCGGACGGGGCAAAGACUCACUAUCACGGCAAACUCCCUUCCACAGCAAGCUCCCUUCCUCGGCAAACCUCCUUUCCCGGUACAAGAGAAUAUAGCAAACGUUGGAAAUCGCCCCCCCCCCCCCAAAAAAAAACCCCACACAGACUCGUUCCAAAGACGGAGGCUAAACUCUAAAUGCUGGGGAUGCCAGUCGAUAAGUUGUGUCUGUUUCUGAAAAAAUCUGACAGUGCGACCCAAAAGUAUUUUGAAGUGGAGAACCGGAUUCCAGGAAGACUGUCUGAAAAUGUUUGAACUUUACUUUUGUUAAAUAGAUUCCUGAUGGCAACGUCGUUGAAUUAUUUACAUGAUAGUAAACACAUAUACAAUGGUGCAUGUAUAAUUUUAAAUAUAUAUAUAAUGAUGAAUACAUAAUAAAUAUAUAAUAUUGAAUACAUAUAUAACAUUGAAUGCCAAAUGCAUUAUAUAAAAGUGAAUGCAUAUACAAUGUCUACGUAGCGAACUAGACAAACCGAUAAGAACUCGGGGCAACUAAUUUGAAUGUCUGACCAAUUUUGAAGAAAUUGCGUUCGGAAGUUGGCUUAGAUUGUACCUCACAAGCCUCCUUUAAUACAAAUAUUUUGGGCCAAUGUAAAUACUAUAGAAUAUAUAUUGGCCUUAUUAAAUCUUGUUUAGUUGGUUUUCCAACAAACGCACUUUGGUUCAAGGCACGAGCCUAGGGAAAGAAAUUAGCAAAAUUCCAUCUACUUUUUAUAAAAAACAGAACAACAACUACACACUUUGGUUUAUGUAUUUAUUAGAUAAAUCCAAGUGUGUAGCUAUCCUUGUUUUAAUUUCUAGGAUUCUAGGGAAGAGUAUAAUCGUAAAUCCAAAGUUUAACGUGCAUGUAUGCGUACAUUCUAAAUUUAUAACAUAAAGUAAAAUAAUGUUGUUAGGAAAAUAAUAAUCUACUGCAUGGUGCUAGUAUACAACACAAGAAUGGCGACAAUCAUUAUAGUGUAGUUAUCAUGUUUGCUAUUUAUAGAUAGAUAGAUAGAUAGCUUAAAUGAUGUGUACCUGGACACUGAUAUCAAAUGCAUUGAAAAAAGAUGUGGGCUUUGACACUGAUAUUAAAUGUAUUGUUAAAUGAUGUGGACUUGGAAACUGAUAUUAAAUGUAUUGUUAAAUGAUGUGGACUUGGACACUGAU